AUGCGGAUCGUGCCGUUGGGCCAGCUUGAUGCUAGCUGGCGAAAAGUUGUGAAGGUCUCCUGGGAGGACCCAGUAGAGUUUGAGAGUAGUCUGGCCGCUACUUCGAUGUUGUCUAGACAAAUCCAUAUAUCUAUUGCCGUUCUUGCUUCUAUCGAGGUUGUUGCCGCUCUAAGGCCCUCGAGUGCUGCUACUGUUUCAGCGUUGUAA